AUGGUUUCCUGGCAGGACAUUUUUCAGAACUGGGACCGUGAUGGCAGUGGAGAUAUCUCAGUGGCGGAGCUGACCCGUGUGUUGAAACGGCUGUUCACCAGUAUGGAUGUGAACAUGGAUGGGACCAUCCAAUACGAUGAGUUCUUGAACUGGCUGCUCUCCCGUGAGUCCUAUCAGGGCGCCAAGGCGGCCAUCUUCAUGGAUCAACAGCGCAAGAGUCGUGACAAAGAAGCAGACACGGCGCGGAAGACGAAGCUCCGAGCCAAGUACGCCAGGCUGGACAAGAACGGUGACGGCAAGUGA